UGCACAGCUCUGACUUCGAGUCCUGUAGCCGAGCGCGUAACCUACCCUGGUCAAAACGCGUACGAUGCUAGUAUCGCCUCUUACUUCGAUGGAAAGAGCAGACUUUCGCCCAGCUGUAUCGUACAGCCAACAAACGCCGAGGAAGUGGCUACGAUUGUGAAGGCUCUUACAACUGCUAGCGUACAGAAGACUUGCAAGUUUGCCGUACGAUCAGGUGGCCAUACUCCCAUUCCUGGUGCCAACAACGUCGACGAUGGAGUCACCAUUGACCUUCUGUACAUGAAUGGGACCACCUACAAUGCUGAUUCCCAGGUUGCAAGUAUCUUGCCAGCGGCGAGAUGGGGAUCUGUCUACGCAGCUCUGGAGCCAUUAGGACGUAUGGUAGCCGGAGGACGAGGGAGUACUGUCGGAGUUGGCGGCUACCUCCUAGGUGGUGGAAUCUCUCACUAUGCUCCUCGCGUUGGACUGUCAUGUGACAACGUGAUCAACUUCCAGGUCGUCCUUGCCGAUGGCCGCAUCGUAAAUGCCAACAAGACGACCAAUGCUGAUCUUUUCACCGCUCUCAAAGGGGGUAAUAGUAACUUUGGCAUCGCAACACGUUACGAUAUGGAGACCUUUGAGAACGAGGACCUUUGGGGAGGAAUUGUUUCCUGGCCUGCAUCCACCGUCAACCAACAUUUCAAGUCGCUUGUCAAUUUUGGUCUUGACCCGAACAGGGAUCCAAACGCUGCCCUGAUCCUGUUCCAAGGAUACUCAACAGCCAGCCCUGUCAACGUCGUAAGAGCUGCUUUCGAUUACACCAGACCCGUGGUGCGCCCAGCUGCCUAUAGCGAGUUCUUUGCCGUCAACAACACCCUCAGCGAUUCAACCAAGAUCCAACCAAUGAGCGCAAUUGCUGCCGAGUUUGGCAGUGAUACGACCAAACGAGUUCAAUUCCGCACUCUCUCAUUCAAGCUUGAUCUCGAGACCCUUCAAGAGACCGCGCGUCUCUACGACAUCAUGCUUACGGAGCUUCGAGCCAAGGUGUCUGGCCAGUGGCGCAUUUCGUGCUUACAUCAGGUGUUUGCUACAAGCUACACGGCGAACAGUACAGCCAGAGGCAGCAACGUGCUUGGGUUGGAACGCUACACUGAAAACUUUAUCAUGUAUCAGUCAUACCUGCUUUGGUCUGAGGCGAAGGAUGAUGACUUGUUCAUUACUCAGGGCAAGAUGCUGACCGACGGCAUUCAGAAUUUUGCCACAGAGAAAGGUACAGCGGUGGAAUACCUUUAUCUCAACUAUGCCGAUAAGGACCAGGAUCCGCUUUCGGCUUACGGUGCUGACAAGGUGGCGUUCAUGAAGAAGGUCGCGAAGAAGUACGAUCCGACUGGCGUCUAUCAGAAACUACUGCCGGGUGGGUUCAAGAUUUCUCAGGUGUAA